GGCGCGGCGGCGGCGGCGGCGCGGCGCGGAGCGGAGCGGAGCGGCCGGCGAGCGGAGAUGCCUGAGGCCACCCGGUUUUGCGCCAGCAGCGGGGCCGAGUCCGAGUCCGAGAGCCCUAUGGAGAGCGAGUCGGCCCUGGAGAGCAGCCGGCGGCGGCACAAGAAGGAGAAAAAAGAGAAGCGGUCGAAGCACCACGAGAGGUCCAGGAGGAGGAGGUCUCCGUCGGAUGAAAGCGAGCAAUCCGAGGAUGACCUUGAUUCCCCGAAGCUCAAGCGAGCGCGGAGCGGCGAUAAAGAAAACGGCGACAGCAGGGGGGACAGCCCGGAGCACCCGCGGUUAUCUGCGCUGCGCGUGAAGUCCGCCCACAAGAAGCGGCACAGCAAUUCCAGUGAAACGUCAAGCGGUGACUGCGACAGUGAGCAAGAGCAGGAGUUGAGUGAAGAACAGAAAGAAGGUGCUUUUUCCAAUUUUUGUAUUUCCAAAGGGACUGUUCAGCUUCUUCAAGCUCGAGGAGUAACGUACCUGUUUCCCGUGCAAGUAAAGACCUUUCACCCAGUGUAUUCUGGCAAAGAUGUAAUUGCUCAAGCACGAACCGGAACUGGGAAAACAUUCUCUUUUGCUAUUCCCUUAAUUGAAAAGCUUCAGGCAGACACACAAGAAAGAAGAAGAGGCCGUUCACCAAAGGUAUUAGUUCUUGCUCCAACGAGAGAGCUGGCAAACCAGGUUGCCAAAGACUUCAAGGACAUCACAAGAAAACUCACAGUAGCUUGUUUUUAUGGAGGAACUCCAUAUAAUGGACAGAUUGAUCUCAUUAGAAGUGGCAUUGAUAUUUUGGUUGGCACACCCGGUCGAAUCAAGGACCAUCUUCAGAACGGCAAGUUAGACCUUAGCAAGGUGAAACAUGUUGUCCUUGAUGAAGUCGACCAGAUGUUGGACAUGGGAUUUGCUGAACAAGUGGAGGACAUAUUACGAGUUGCGUACAAGAAGGAUUCUGAAGACAAUCCCCAGACGCUACUGUUUUCUGCAACUUGCCCACAUUGGGUGUAUGAUGUAGCUAAGAAAUACAUGAAGUCUAAAUAUGAGCAGAUUGACCUCAUUGGGAGAAGAACUCAAAAGGCUGCUACAACAGUAGAACAUUUGGCUAUAGAGUGUCACUGGUCUCAGAGAGCUGCAGUUAUUGGGGAUGUCAUUCAGGUCUACAGUGGCAGCCAUGGGCGGACCAUUGUCUUUUGUGAGACCAAAAAGGAGGCGAAUGAACUGGCUUUGAAUGCUUCAAUCAAACAGGACUGCCAGUCAUUGCAUGGUGACAUUCCUCAAAAGCAAAGGGAGAUAACACUGAAAGGUUUUAGAAAUGGUGUGUUUAAAGUUUUGGUUGCAACGAAUGUAGCUGCCCGUGGUUUGGAUAUCCCUGAAGUUGACCUGGUUGUGCAAGGUUCGCCACCAAAGGAUGUGGAGUCCUACAUCCAUCGUUCUGGACGCACAGGUCGAGCUGGCCGAACUGGGAUCUGUAUCUGUUUUUAUCAGCGAAAGGAAGAAAAUCAAUUAAGAUACGUGGAGCAAAAAGCGGGCAUUACAUUUAAGCGUGUUGGUGUUCCUACUGCUACAGAUAUAAUAAAAGCUUCCAGCAAAGAUGCCAUCAGGUGUCUGGAUUCUGUUCCUCAAACUGCUAUUGAGUAUUUCAAAGAAUCUGCUCGGUGGCUAAUACAAGAGAAGGGGCCAGUUAAUGCCCUGGCUGCGGCUCUAGCCCAUAUUUCAGGCGCUACUUCCAUUGAACAGCGCUCGCUGCUCAACUCGGAUGCUGGAUUUGUUACAAUGAUACUACGCUGCUCAGAAGAAAUAAACAAUAUGAGCUAUGCUUGGCGAAGUUUGCGAGAUCAGUUGGGUGACGAUAUUGAUAGGAAAGUGAACAGAAUGUGUUUCAUCAAGGGAAGAAUGGGUGUGUGCUUUGAUAUUCCUGCAGCAGACCAAAAGGAAAUAGAGGGAAGAUGGGAAGAUUCCAAACAAUGGCGUUUGUGUGUGGCAACUGAGUUACCUGAGCUGUUGGAAUCGCAGCGAGGAGGAGGAGGAGGAGGAGGAAGUGGCCGGAGUUUCUCGAGCUCCAGGAGUGGGAGGCGCGGAGGUUCUGGGAGAAACAGAUUCAGAAGCAGAGGCCAGAAACGGAGUUUUGACAGAGCGUUUGAUCGCUAACUUCAACAAUGCAGGAGUAGAAAAUAAUGGGACUGAAGUAUUUUAUACCACAUUCAAAUAGGCUGUUCCUGUAUGUUUGUACCACUUUGAAAAAAAUCUGUCAUUCAGAUUUUUUUUUCCCUCAGUGCUACUUUGGUCAUAAGUAAGAUCCUGUUCACUUCAAAAAAGAAAAAAAAAAAAGAAGAAUAAAAAGCAAAGCAACUUUCCCUUUCUUGUAUCGUCAUCUCGGCUGCGUGUAAAAGCUAAGCCCGUAGCGCUCAAUAUGGCUGUUGCAUUCAAAACCUGGCUCAUUCACUGUAUAAUGUAUAGACCUCAACUGCCGGUUGAUCCCUGUACAUUUUCAAAAAAGAAAAAAAAAUAAAGUAUUAUUUUACAACUUCA